AUGGCUUUGGAGAAAGGGGUGAUAAAAAGCCACCCGGCGCAAGAAAAAAAGAGCCAAAUCCACCACCCUCUAGCUGCUGCUGCUGCUGCUGCCAUCUUGAGAAGGCCUGCACUGAGAGGCAGCGGGCGCACUAGCGGGACUCUCUCGCUCUCGCCUCUGUUCUUCCGUGGGAACAAAAAAGAGGAGUGUCGGAGGGGUCGCGAGCGUCAGUUGUCAGCCCAGGGAGUGCGCGACGCGAACCCCCCUCCCCCCCACCCCGCACCCCUUUCGUUCCCCGCCCCCUCCCCACCCCAACGCCUAGUUGAUAUAAACGCGGUGGUGGAGGCGACCGUGUGA